ACCAGAAAAAGGAUCUGAGUGGUCAGAGUCUAUGUCAUCUCUCAUGAAGAAACUGGAAGAAUUGAAUUUAGAUAUUGAAGAGGCUCUCAGUGCUGGCUCUUCUCCUUCCAGCACUCCUUCUACCAAAAAGCGCAAACAGCUGUGCCCUGUUAAAGUGGAGACAGGCCUUCUUCACAGAGAUCAUCAGAGAAAGGGAAUCUGUGGAAAUAAGAGGGCAGGCUACCAGGAUUUAGAUGGUUUGCCAAGCUCAGUGUCAACUGGAGCACGACCGAAAACUGAAGUGUUGUCUCAGAAGCUGAGCAAAGAGAAAGCAGAAAUUGAAGCAAAGGAAGCGUGUGACUGGUUACGAGCUGCUGGAUUUCCACAAUAUGCUCAGCUCUACGAGGAUUCCCAGUUUCCUAUUGACAUUGGGGCUGUAAAGAAAGAUCAUGACUUUCUCGACAAGGACCUUGUAGAACCCCUUUGCAGGCGACUGAACACAUUGAACAAGUGUGCCUCAAUGAAACUCGAUGUGAACUUCCAAAGGAAAAAGAGUGAAGACUCAGAUGAAGAAGACUUCUGUGCCAUCAGUAAUAAAUGGACUUUCCAAAGGACGAGCAGAAGAUGGUCUCGGGUGGACGACAUUGACACUUUGCUUCACCGAUCAGACAGACAUGGGUCUUCAGGAGAUAUUAAAAUGAAAAACACCCCUAGCAGUGAGAGUGUCCUUACUGAUCUGAGUGAGCCUGAAGUCUCGUCUAUUCACAGCGAGAGCAGUGGGGGAAGUGACAGUCGGCAUCAGUCUGGUAUCAACAGCACUAUCAGGGAGAUAUGUGACUGCUCAGGACAGCAUAGUAUAGAAAACGCACUUACACGUUACACCACUCCCGUCAGCUGUACCCUCUCCCAGGUUCCAAAGGAGACCACAAAUUACUUCUGUAACCUUAAGAAUGAGAAACCAACACGAACGAGAGCCAAGACCUUUCUAAAGCGCAUGGAGACACUAAAGCCUAGAGGUGCACACGGAAAACUAAAGAGUUUGGGAAGGCCUGGUGUCUUAGAGAUAAGCGGACCUGUUCUUCAACAUGAGCCAAAAUCCUUAAAGGACAUGCACUGCCUGCAGAUAGUGAAUGGAGAUGCAACCAAAAGAGGACUUUCCUUUUCUGCCAAAUCCAGCAGUGACAGUAGUCAGUCAGAAAACAGCAGCAGUGGCAUGAGCACACCAUGUUUUAAGGAACACAAAUGUUAUGAAACAAACAAGCGAGGUGGUAUGUACCUGGAGGACCUGGACGUUCUUGCUGGAACAGCUCUGAGACAAGUGGUAGACGAAAACCUUAAAAAUGGAUUUCACUCCCAAGAGAACCUGGUUGUGCAUAUUCCCAAGGACCAUAAACCUGGAACUUUUCCAAAGGCACUUUCCAUUGAAAGUCUCUCACCAACUGACAACAGUAAUAGAGUAAACUGGAGGACAGGCAGCAUCUCUUUGGGCAAACAGAAGUGCUCUACUCCUAAAGAAACCAGACUCAUGGCUUGCUGUCCUAAAGAGAGUAGAGUUAGUAUUUAUGACAACGUGCCAGGUUCCCACUUGUACGCCAGCACUGGAGACCUAUUGGACUUGGAAAAAGAUGAGCUUUUCCCUCAUUUAGAUGACAUUUUGCAGCAUGUCAAUGGACUUAAAGAGAUUGUAAACCACUGGUCAAAGGAUUUACAGCCAGAGCUGCAAAGCAGUGAUUUAUUGGUUGGGGAAUCUGCAUCAUUGCCAUUCCAGUCGCCCACCCAAAUCACAUUAGACUUUGAAGGGAACUCUGUUUCUGAUGGUCGUACUACACCUAGUGAUAUGGACAGAGAUGGAACAUCCCUCAAUGAAUCAGAAACCACUGGUAUUAGGGACAGGAGAGACUCUGGUGUAGGGGCAUCUCUCACCAGGCCAAACAGGCGAUUACGCUGGCAUAGUUUCCAGAUCUCUCAUGGCCCGAGCCACUCUGCAGCAUCGCUACAGCUCAGUAAUCAAUCAGCAGCCCAACUGAAUCUACUGCAAAAAUUUUCCUUACUUCGCCUUACUGCCAUCAUGGAAAAAUACUGCAUGUCAAACAAACAUGGCUGGACAUGGUCUGUGCCAAAGUUCAUGAAGAGGAUGAAAGUUCCUGACUACAAGGACAAGAAUGUCUUUGGUGUGCCUUUGAUAGUUCAUGUCCAGAGGACGGGGCAACCCCUUCCACAGAGCAUGCAACAAGCACUGCGCUACUUACGCAGCAAUUGUCUAGAUCAGGUGGGUCUGUUUCGAAAAUCAGGCGUGAAGUCCCGAAUCCAGGCCCUUCGUCAAAUGAACGAGAGCUCCCCUGAGAACGUCAACUAUGAAGACCAAUCAGCCUACGAUGUGGCAGAUAUGGUAAAGCAGUUUUUCAGGGACUUGCCAGAACCUCUUCUCACCAGUAAGCUAGGAGAAACCUUCCUCCAUAUCUAUCAACAUGUUCCCAAAGAGCAGAGACUUCAGGCCUUGCGGGCAGCCAUCAUGUUGAUGUCAGACGAAAACAGGGAGGUUUUGCAGACUCUGCUGUGUUUCCUGAAUGAUGUCUCCUCUGUAGAAGAGAAUCAAAUGACUCCGAUGAAUGUAGCGGUGUGUCUGGCCCCUUCCCUUUUCCACCUUAAUAUAUUAAAGAAGGAAAGCUCACCAAGAGUAAUACAGAAAAAAUAUGCAACAGGAAAGCCAGAUCAGAAGGACCUCAGUGAAAAUCUGGCAGCUACUCAGGGACUUGCACACAUGAUAAUAGAAUGCAACAAACUUUUUGAGCAGGUCCCCCAUGAGAUGGCAACCCAGUCUCGGAACUCCUACAUGGAAGCUGAAGUGCAUUGUCCAACAGUGGAGGAACUAGGAAAGCAAAUGGGUGAAGAAGGAGGAAAUUACCAAAUGUACCUUGAAAGUCUGAUGCACAACCUUCAGAAAGAAGCAAAAGAGAAAUUCAAAGGAUGGGUCACCUGUUCUAGCAUAGAGAACACAGACCUUGCCUACAAAAAGGUUGGGGAUGGCAACCCACUCAGGCUUUGGAAAGCUUCAGUGGAAGUUGAAGCACCCCCAUCAGUUGUACUGAAUCGAGUUGUAAGAGAACGUCACCUUUGGGAUGAGGACUUCUUGCAAUGGAAGGUCGUAGAAACUCUGGAUAAGCAAACAGAAAUCUACCAGUAUGUAUUGAACAGCAUGGCACCCCAUCCUGGCAGAGACUUUGUAGUUCUAAGGACAUGGAGGACAGAUUUGCCAAAGGGAGUGUGCACACUAGUGGCCGUCUCUGUGGAACAUGAAGAAGCUCCACUGAUAGGAGGUGUACGAGCAAUUGUGAUGGAUUCUCAGUAUUUAAUAGAGCCUUGUGGCUCUGGAAAAUCCAGGCUGACGCAUGUCUGUAGAAUUGAUCUGAAAGGCCAUUCCCCAGAGUGGUACAACAAAGUCUUCGGACAUUUGUGUGCAGCAGAAGUUGCCAGGAUCAGAAACUCAUUUCAACCUCUCAUUGCUGAGGGACCAGAAACCAAAAUCUGAGGAAAUAGUCCAGGAACGUGUGAGCCUAAAGCAGAGUAUGGUAGACAGCAGAAAGACCCAGAGCAAAGGUUUGAGUAAGGUUUUAGCAUUAGCUGCAAUAGAAGUAUAACCUGAUGUCUGUACAGUGGCGAAACAGGGAUUUCACAGGAAGGCCUGCUCAUUCCAGAGACUUAGAUUACUUAUGUGCCCCAUUCCAUGUAUGUUACUUUCAAUUACUGAAGUAAACCUUUUUUUAAAAGCUUUUCUCAUUGUUACUUUAAAAUGAGACUAUUACCAUUAUUUGUGUGUUGCAUAAUUCUGAUAUUUAAAAGCUUCUAAGAAGCAUAUUUUAAUUGUAAAUAAACCAUGUACAGUAUGUAUAUACUUAUCUAUGUAUAUUAUAUAUAUAUCUAUAUAUGUAUAUGUAAAGUAAUUAUUUUGUAUAUAAUUUAGUGCUUUCUAGGAGAAAUCAUCUGCAUCAAUUUUGACCUUAUAAGGAUCUAUUCUUGUUGCUUGUUUCUCAGUGUUUCACAGCUACAUAAGCUGUGUUUAUUAUUAUCGCAAGGCUACGUGACAUAAUCUGUGUGAUAUCUAACAGAAAAAUGGAUGACUGGCUGUUUUCAUUAUUGUUAUGUGUGGGGGGCGUGUAAACUACAAGAAGGUACAUAGAAAUAGAUGUAGGGAGUUUAGAGGGGAUAAUGGUAUGUUUAAAAAUAUUGAACAGCAGUUCGCUAUCACCAAAAAACGCUAACAUGGACAUUGUAACUGGUAUGCACAUUUUGAAGACCAUUUACAAUAAGCUGUAGGAAGUUUAUGACUAUUCCAGAUAACUCUUGAAAACUUGCCUGUUGCCUUAAACAACUAAGUAAGUAGUUGCAGUUAAAGGACCUCACCAUUUGCAGUAGUAAAGCUGCUCCCUAUAUUAAGGGUAUGUCUACACUACCCGCCAGAUCGGCGGGUAGUGAUCGAUCUAUCAGGGAUCGAUGUAUUGCAUCUCGUCUAGACUCGAUAAAUCGAUCCCCGAACAUGCUCCCCAUCGACUCUGGAACUCCACCAGGGCGAGAGGCGGAAGCGGAGACGACGGGGGAGCGGUGGCCGUCGAUCCCGCACCGUGAGGAUGCAAAGUAAGUCAAUCUAAGUCGAUCUAAGAUAUGUCAACUUCAGCUACGCUAUUCUCAUAGCUGAAGUUGUGUAUCUUAGAUUGAUCCCCCCCUUCAGUGUAGACCAGGCCUCAGUCUAGAGCAGUUCAAAGGAAUGUGGCAGAUACUGAGGUACUGUUUAUCUGGAGUCAAACUGGCAAGUUAUUAAGGGCCACCACUCUGAAGCCUUUCUUUUAGAUUUCUAGCUAAGUAUGUACUUAGGGAGCUGUUCUUUCCUCUUUCUGUGAAGAUAUUUAAUGGUUAACCAAAGUCCAGAGCAGUGUUUCCACCCUACAUGGACCCAGAUGUGCAGCUAAAUAUACCUUUUUAUAUAUUUUCACUAUAAAAAGUAACUAAUUCUUGGGAAAAUAGCUUUUUUUGGUAAGAGUGAACAUUUUCAUUUUAUGCACUGCACUGGCACCCAUUCUGCUUCUGUUAACAACAAUGGGAGCAGGAUCAAAUCUACUGGACCAUUUCAUUUUCAGGGACUUAACAUUUUGCUAAGGGGAAGAAUGCUUUAAAAAUGUCUGUUAGCUAUGAGACAGGGGUUUUGUUUUCUGUUGUUUUUUUUAACCAACAUAAGAUCAAAAAUGUAAUUAUAUACAUGAAUCAGUUUAAAAAAACACAGGUGUAUUAAUACAACACUCCUUCAUUACUCAGAUAUUUGUUCACCUUGACUUUAUUUAUUGCUGCAUUAGCCAGUUUGGUCAUUCAUAACCAGUGUUUUAGUUCACUUCUUUAAAUGAAUUCUACCUACAUUUAUUGUGAGUUUUAAUCUGAGAUUUAUCAUCCCACUAGUAGCUACUGAGAUUUAUAUCAUGAUUCAGUGGUGCUGGAGUAAUGGCUUCACAGAGUGACUCUGCCUCUGUACUUUGAAUGUACUUAGAUUACAUCUGUUGUGUUGUGUUUGUCAGCAAUGUGCAAUUAUAUUAUUAAGAAAUAUUAGAGAGAUAUGAGUACUGAGAUACCAUCAUAUGCCUCUAAAUAUCAUAAGACAGCUAUAUGCCACAGUAACCAAUCCUGCUAUUCUGGCAUAUCAUUUUCCAGUGAUGGUGGUUCAAGAACAUAUAAUUUUCCAUCCUGGAGUAGAUCACUGGUGAAUCAAGAUCAGUUUCCUACUGUCAGCAGUUAUCACUACUGUAAGAUUCAAGAAGGCAUGCCCUCUCAUACGGCACAUAGCCACCUGAGCAGUAUUUUACAAGGAGAAGGACAUUUUUGUGACCCUCCAACCCCUGGCACAGCCUGUUCCCUGAAGCAUGAGAGUUCAAUGCCCUUAUCAUACAUGAGCUUACAUAAGUGAAUACAACACUGCCUGUGUAUUAAUCAACACAGAAUUAUCCAGGCACUGCAAACAAAUAAUUUCUGGAAGAAAAAUGUAGCAAACCAGGACGGAUUGUCUUAUCCUGAGAUAACCAGUUGGAGGAGUUGCCAAAACCCCCCUAUUAUAAUUACAGAAAUGGCAGAAGACCCCUCAUGGUUAGGAGGGGAGCAGAAGCUUUGUCGCUGUACUUGCAGCAUCUCUAAGCCAUGUAUCGAUGAAAUACAUUUUCUUUUAAGAUGUGUAUUAAGGCACAUAUCUACCAGUCAGACACUACAGUAUUUUGUAUUAAGUAUUAUGCUGCCAUUUGGAAUACAAUAUGACAACCACAUUUUGAAAUGUUAUACUCAUAUUAAUACCUCAUAUUUUUACCUCAUCUUUUAGUAUCAGUCAUCAAUUGUAGAUAAGUAAUUGCAGAGGUGAAUAAAUGUGCAUACAUUAAA